CAAUCUCUUAUCUUCAUCUAACUUUGAUUUCUUGGUCCGCUACUGCUAACAUUAAAUUGCAAGAAGUUUCACACACACACACACACACACACUAUACUAUAAACCAACCAAUGGAGAUGUGCACUCAUCAAACCAGGUAUAAUAAGUCCACGUUGCAAUCUCCCUCAAUCUCUUAUCUUCUCCUAACUUUGAUUUUUUGGUCCGCUACUGCUAACGUUAAAUUACAAGAAGUUCUACACACACACACGUGUGUGUGUGUGUGUGUGUAUCUUCUCUAAUGUCUGUCCUUACUCUUUAGUACAUCAAUCGACUAGUGAAAAUGUUCCGAGAUAUCCAAAUUCCUUCCCUUAAUUGUCAUGAAGAUCUUCCUCUCUUUACCUCUCUGGUUGUCCUAGUGAUCCUACUUCUUCUGAAUCGGUAUUGGAAGAAGAUGAGCCAUACUAGUCUAAAUGAUGAUGGUAUUCUUCAGUUGCCCCCAGGGCCAUGGAAGCUACCUCUUAUUGAAAACUUGCAUAAGUUAGCUUUAGCUGUUGGUUCUUUACCACAUCAUUUCUUAACAGACUUGGCCAAGAAAUACGGCCCUAUGAUGCACCUCAAACUUGGACAAGUAUCAGCCAUUGUCAUAUCAUCACCUAACUUAGCCAAGCAAGCGGUGAAGAUUUUCUCAUACCGACCUGGUCUUCUUGCUUUGGAAAUCAUGUCUUAUAAUUAUUCAGGCAUCAUUGCUAGUCCUUGUAAUGGUUACUGGAGAGAAAUGCGCAAGAUUUGUGGGUUGGAGCUCUUAAGUGCAAAGCGCGUGCAGUCAUUUUCAUCAUUGAGAGAAGAAGAGACAUGGAAUCUUGUGCAGUCAAUUACUCAAUUAUCACAGCCAAUCAACCUUAGCGAGAUGAUUUUCUCCACCUUAAACAACAUUACAGCUCACGUAGCCUUAGGGAAAAAAUGCAAACACCAACAAGAGUUUACAUCAUUGGUCCACGAAACGAUUAGGCUUUCUACAGGCUUUGGUGUGCCAGAUCUGUUCCAUUCGAUCCAAUUCCUCCAUCAUGCCACUGGGACCAAGUCUGUCCUUGAAAAACUACAUGGAAAGAUGGACAUGAUUCUUGUUGAUAUCAUCAAUGAUCAUAAACAAGUGCUACAGAGCCAGAGAACAGCCGGUGAAGAUCACCUGCAGGAAGAUCAAGAUCUGGUCAACGUGCUUCUACAACUUCAAGAGUCUGGUGAGCUCCAAUUCCAACUCACAACUAACCAUGUCAAAGCUGUCACCCUGGAUAUGUAUUUUGCUGGAAGUGAGACUUCAGCGGCUACCAUAGAGUGGGCAAUGUUAGAACUUCUGAGAAACCCAAGAGCAAUGGACAAAGCACAAGCUGAGAUACGCCAACUUGUUGCAGGAAAGAGGAAAAUCCAAGAGGCAGACAUUAAGAAACUAAAUUACUUGAAGUUGAUCAUAAAAGAAACUCUCCGACUGCACCCUCCUGGUCCCUUAAUCCCAAGACAAGCAAAUGAAAGAUGCAAAGUCAAUAGAUAUGAUGUACCAUCUGAAGCCAAGCUGUUAAUCAAUGUUUGGGCAAUAGGAAGAGACCUGAAGCAUUGGGGCCCCAAUGCUGAUUGCUUUGAGCCUGAGAGGUUUCAAGGUUAUUCCAUCGAUUUUCGAGGGACCAACUAUGAAUUUAUUCCAUUUGGGGCUGGUAAGAGAAUAUGUCCAGGCCUAUCAUUUGCAACUAUAAUUGUUGAGCUUGCACUUUGUCAGUUGCUUUACUUCUUCAACUGGAAACUCCCAAAUGGGACUAAACCACAAGAGCUUGACAUGACUGAAUCUGUGGGAAUGGCCACCAGGAAGAGGAAUGAUUUGAAUGUUAUUGCUAUUCCUUUCAUUUUGUAAUGCUGCUGAAACAAUAGUAAAUAAAGUGUUAUUGCUUUACUUCCAAAAACUACUUUGUA